CUUCUUUCCAGAGACCUGCCGGCAGCGCGGUCGCCGUAGAGGGGCCUUCUCCCCGUGACACCUUAGCACCGUCUUUCCCACCCCCCAACUCCAGUAGACACCUUUCUGGGGCCGCCGCCGCUCGAGGCAGCAGCUGUCCGACCGCGCCGUCGUUGCCGUUGCCACCGUUGCCGCUUCUGGGCCCAGGACCCUGGGCCCUGCCGCCACCGCCAUGAAGCUGCGGGUGCGCCUUCAGAAGAGGACCUGGCCGCUGGAGAUGCCAGAAGCGGAGCCGACGCUGGGGCAGCUGCGUGCGCACCUGAGCCAGGCUCUGCUGCCCACCUGGGGCUACAGUUCUGAUACCCGGUUUGCAAUUACAUUGAACAACAAAGAUGCCCUCACUGGAGAUGAAGAGACCUUGGCUUCAUAUGGGAUUGUUUCUGGGGACUUGAUAUGUUUGGUUCUUGAAGAUGCCAUUCCAGCACCUAACUUACCUUCAUCCACAGAUUCAGAGCAUUCCUCACUGCAGAGUAAUGACCAGCCCUCUGUGGCUGCCCCCUCCAGUCAGUCCAGCACACGGGAUGAACAGCGGAGUGACUCAUUCCACGGAGAGGCAGCCCAGUCUGAUGUCUGGAAUGACGACAGCAUGACGGGACCUAGUCAAAAUGUUGAAGCCGAGUCCGUUGAAGAUGUUGUGGAUAUGGAAGAAGGCACAGAUUUCUUCCCCUCAGAACCAAUGCUCUGCAGCGAAUCGGUGGAAGGGCAAGUGCCCCAUUCGUUAGAGACCCUGUAUCAGUCAGCAGACUGCUCUGGUCCCAGUGAUGCCUUGGUACUGUCCAUACAUCUUCUCAUGUUGGAGUCGGGUUACAUACCUCAGGGGACUGAAGCCAAAGCCUUGUCCAUGCCAGCGGCCUGGAAGUCGGGCGGCGUGUAUAAGUUGCAAUACACGCAUCCACUCUGCGAGGGUGGCGUUGCUGCUCUCACCUGUGUGCCCAUGGGAAACCUGGUCGUCAUCAAUGCUACACUAAAAAUCAAUGGUGAGAUUAGAAGUGUGAAAAGAUUGCAGCUGCUGCCGGAAUCGUUUAUUUGCAAAGAGGAACUAGGGGAAAAUGUAGCCAAGAUAUACAAAGAUCUUCAGAAACUUUCUCGUCUCUUCAAAGACCAGUUGGUGUAUCCUCUUCUGGCUUUUACCCGACAAGCACUGAACCUACCAGAUGUAUUUGGGUUGGUAGUCCUUCCACUGGAGCUGAAACUACGGAUCUUCCGACUUUUGGAUGUUCGUUCUGUCCUGUCUUUGUCUGCCGUUUGCCGUGACCUCUUUAUUGCAUCAAAUGACCAACUUCUGUGGAGGUGUUUGUAUCUGCGGGAUUUUCGAGAUGGUACUGCCAGAGUUCGAGACACAGAUUGGAAAGAAUUGUACCGGAAGAAGCACAAACAAAAAAAAGAAGCUCAGAGACGGCAUGCGUUGUUCCUGCUGCCGCCACCCCACCCCGACCCCUUCUAUCCUGGCCCCUUGCCCCCCCGGCCUUUCCCUCCUAGUCCCUUGCACCCCAGGCCUUUCCCUCCCAGCUCUCUCCUUCCUCCAGGAAUUAUUGGUGGUGAAUAUGAUGAAAGACUCAUGCUUCCCUAUGUUGGAGAUCCAAUCAAUUCACUCAUUCCUGGGCCUGAGAGGGCACCUGGUCAGUUCCCUCCACUUAGACCCCGUUUUGAUCCAAUUGGCCCACUUCCAGGACCUAACCCCAUCUUGCCAGGGCGAGGUGGCCCCAAUGACAGAUUUCCCUUAAGACCCAGCAGGGGUCGGCCAACUGACAGCCGGCUGCCAUUCAUGUGAUCGGUUGGUAAUCCCACUUCUGGAGCCUUUCUGGUUUUGUUUCUUAAAACUACAGGUGUCAUCUUGAUGGGGUACAGACUUCUAGUGUUUUCUGAUUGUGGUGGUGAGAAAUGUGGUCACAGAGGCCUUUCAGUAGAUACAAGGGGGGGAUCCCAAAAAACAGAGAAUUAUCUUCUGGCGGGAGGGCCCCUUGUAGUAUAGGUCUUCCCCACACUAGGCAAGUGCUCUAGGAGCCCAUCGGUAUCAGUGUACCAGCUGGCGUUGCUGUGAGAGGCUGCACUCAGCUUCAGUAAAUUUUUUUUGAAGACUCAAUGCAUUUGUACGUUUCAUGAUGGGUGAUUUAGGAGUGCAGCUGCCCACACUGAGCUGUUGAGCAGUUUUUGACCAAAACUGGCUUGACCCCUGUCCCCUGCCCUCCAUACUCACUGGAUCUUGCCCUUAGCGACUUUUAUUGUUUCCCCGAAUGAAAAAAGUCCUCAAAGGGAAACAUUUUGCCAAUGUGGAAGAGGUAAAACAAAAAAAUGGCAGAAACACUAAAAGGCAUCAAAUCUAAGAGUUCAAAAACUGUUUUUGAGCAGUGGGGGAAACAUCUUGUUAGGUGUAUUGCAUCAAAUGGAGAGUACUUUGAAGGUGACUGAAGUUUAGACAUGUAAGAAUAAAUUCACAAUUUUUAAUAAAUAUAUUCCAUGUUUUUGGGUUCCCCCUUGUAUAUUUAAAGCUCCAGGGAGCUGUGGCCCAUAGGCUAUGUGGGAAUAGUUGGCUACUGACUUCCCUCCCUGACUUCCCCUCUAGGAGGAAGGCUGUUUACUGAUAAUAUUCUAUACCAGAUUUUCAAAAAAUUAAGUAUAAAUUUCACGGCAGUCUUGACUUUUAUUACAGGAAGAUAUGUAAUAAAUAUUCAGAGCAGCUUUACAACAUUACUUGGACAUUUCAGAAUGAUCAGAGAACCUAUUCAGUGUCAUCGGAUUGUUGCAGGGGAUUUAAACAUUUUUCAUGGUACCUUUUCUUCAAAUGAAAUCAUUUGCAGAGGCCGGAUUUAUAAAACCAAUAGGAGUAGAGCUAGAUUGGUUGAACUGGACUUUGGAUACCCAUUGGCUGAACCCACCUCCUCCCUGGCCUGCAGCCCUUUCUCAGGGUCUGGGGUGCAACUUCUGGGCUCUGAGGCAGCACUGUUUGCGUCGGGCAGUAGGGACUCUUGUUCGGUUGCUGGCUUCUCCGGGAGUUACGACUGUUUUCCCUUGUGUUUUGAACACUUGCUGCCUAAUUUGUAAUCUAAGUAGAGGACCCUUUUUAACAACAAAAUGUUACUGCUUUGAAUGCUGGUCAGGUACUUGUUCUUCAAAGAUAGCCUCAUAUUUGAAGAACAUUUAUUUCUUAAGACUUAAAAUACACAAAAUUCAAGGUUUAUUUUUCCUACAACAAGAAAAAGCCCAAACAGAACUGUUUUUUUUUUAAUCAUACAAACAACUAUAGAAACAUGCUAUAGUGACAAAAUCUGAAUCACAACACAGGAAUAAAAUACUUAGUAUCUGCAGAAAAUAUUGUGGAAUAUUGCCAGUGUCUUCCUGCUUUAAAAAAAAAAAUCUAUUUUGCAUACAAGGAAAUGGUUUUGGAAUGUUAUGUGCUGCAAGAAUAUUUUGAGUCCUACAUCCAUGUGAAAUUUUUUUUUGCUUACACAUAAUCACCUUUUUUCCCCAUCACAGUGAAGAAAAUUCUUUCAGUAAUACAAUUUUCCAGAGGCCAUGUCACCUUUAGUAGCUUAACGUAUAAAGGAUUGGAACUGUUGACGUUUUUCGUGGUGUUGGAUAAUAACUUCUUUAAGUGUCCACUUGAUACCUUAUUUGGCUUUAAUUGGAUCUGGGAUGGAGAAGUCACUCUUAAGCUUUGAUGGGUCCAAAUAUCUCUCAGUUCUCCAAAAUACCU